AUGAAUCAGGAAAAGGCAGUAGAGAUGGUCACCAAGGAUUGCCUCAACGACAGGACUGAUGACCAUCUUGAUCGGUUGAUGUCUCCCGAAGAAAAAGUGAAUGAAAAUGUUAAUUGUUCUAACACCGAGGAUGCCGACUUGGAAACAAGCAACAGCAUCAACGACGACAGAUCGGGUCCAUGUUCAUCACCACUCGGGGUUAUCAUCCGGAUUCGGAGGUCCUGUGAUGCUUGUUGUCAAAAAAACCAAUCAAGAUUUAAACAAAUUAUCACGGUUAUUCUAGUAUUAGGCUACCUUGCGUAUUUUAUCUACGCCAUGUUGUAUAGGUUUGGCGAUGAAGGUUCGGUUCGCCUGAUGGUGGUUACCGUUGUCGUAUCCGCAGGAUUUGUCGUCAAGUUCGUCUUGAAAAAGUCUUGGCCUUCAGUGUCUUCUUCAUUGCAGUCUACAUGUUGUUUCAAACGAAUCAAACGGCAAAUUGGAAAACGACGUCGACUUUUUCAACGGCUUGCUAGCACCCUCGCGAUUCUCGCUAUUUUCUUAUAUGUUUUGGUCGACGUGUUCAUCAAAUCUCCGUCAAGCAUCGUCUCAGCUGUUGGAAUGUUUGUGUUUAUAAUGCUUAUGUUCUUUUUCUCCAAAGAUCCAGCAAAGGUGGUGUGGCGGCCUGUGCUCUGGGGACUUCUUUUACAGAUUAUCUUUGCGCUAAUUGUUCUCCGCUCAUCAUGGGGAUAUGAUGCUUUUGAUUGGCUAGCACACCGAGUAACGGAAUACCUUGGUCAUUCUGAAACUGGAGCCAAUUUUGUGUUCGGACCUGCCCACAAAGAGCAUCUAUUUGCAUUCACUGUUCUACCAGUGAUCAUUUUCUUCAGCGCCUCUAUUUCAAUCCUGUAUUACCUGGGCUGGCUCCAAAUCCUCAUCCGGGCACUUGGCGUUGUUAUGCAGUAUAGUCUUGGUAUUUCCGCCAUGGAAUCUCUGCACGCUGCAUUUAACAUUUUCGUCGGUUGGGGGGAGACAACCACGUUUCUGCAUCCAUUCUUUGAUGAUAUGACACUCCCUGAACUACACACCGUUAUGACUAAUGGAUUUGCAACUGUGUCAGGAAGCACUCUUGUUAUCUACCAUAUGUACGGGGCUCCUGCUAAUCAUCUGCUAUCAGCAUCUGUCAUGUCGGCUCCAGCAGCUCUCGCCUUGUCGAAGCUCUUUUAUCCGGACGAAAAGAUUAGGAAAUCAAAGGUUAACAUGGACAAGAAAGGAUAUGGCCAAAAUAUCAUAGAUGCAGCGUCUAUAGGUGCUAUUGGAGCGACAUCUAUUGUCGCGUACAUAUUGGUGAGCGUGUUGGCUUUCUUUUCCUUGUUGGGAUUCUGCAAUGCUACCCUUGAGUGGCUAGGUGACCGCGUGGGACUCAUCCCGCCUGACUACCCUGUCCUUUCAUUCCAGUUAAUAUGCUCGUACCUAUUAUGGCCACUUGUCUUCUUGAUGGGUGUGGAACCAGCAGAUUGUCAUGUGGCUGCCAGAAUGGUGGGCAUGAAAACAUUCAUUAAUGAAUUUUUCGCCUAUGAAGAUCUGGGUGAAGUGAUAAGGAAUGGCGAGAAAUUCCGGAAUUUUAACGGAACUUGGCACUUAGACAAGAUUGGAAACAUUAUUAUGGACACGCCCGGAAACGCUACUGUUCUGAUUGGCGGUGUUAUGUCAGCCCGAUCUGAGGUUAUAACAACAUACGCUUUGUGUGGAUUUUCUAAUGUGACAGCGCUAGGCAUUAUGAUUGGAGCGUUGACGGCGGUUGCACCCUCUAGAAAGGAAGACAUUGUCAAAGUAUCUUUCCGUGCUCUCAUUUCUGGUUGUAUGGCUUGUUUCAUCACUGCUUGCGUGGCUGGUUUGCUAACAACAGCCUGAUCAAACGUGCUUCAGAUGACCUCGAGAACCUAAGAAUCUACACCUAUACAUAACAGCGGCAUGAGACCAGAAUACAUAUUGCUUAGAUCAAUGAAAAUUAGUUACUUUUUAAUGAUGCUAAACAAGUUUAUGAAGAACUCAGCAACAGACAGAAGGCCUUAGUGUUGCAAAUAUUUUUGUAUAUUGAAUUAAUUAUUUAUAUGACGUUGGACAUAUCUUACAUUGUUUAUUCCAAUGUGAACAGAUACACGUUGUAAGAUUUACAUGAUCAACGAAAGAAGUGAAAAAUACAUGAAACGGAAAAGAGUUUGUUAAAUGGUGGAGAGGAGACGAACAUAACUUGAGGAAAGACAACUCUUACUUGUUUCUAUCGUUUCAUGGGAUUCUUACUUUCCUUUUGUUCUAGUGCUCUAAAAUAUUUUAAUACGUUUGUUAAAAUGUAGAAAUAAUCUUAUUCCUCGGACAGAAUUGUGAAAACAUCCUUUACCUUUCUAAUUUACCUAAUCAAACAUUUACCUUCUUUGACUAAAAAAUCUUAACUUGAA